AUGCCCGAUGGGUAUAGAAGUGUAGGUUUUCUGAAAUGAGAAAAAAAUUGCUAGUUGUUUUUUUUUUCAGAUUGCCCGGCCGAAUGGGCUGAGUCGGUUUUCCAUUGGUCCAAUAUCCGACGAUGGAUCACAACAACCAACAAGAUCAAGUAAUAUCACUAGUUUGUGAGUUUUUUUUCUGAAAAUUUAGGGUUUGAGAAAUGUCUUGCAAGAAAUUAUACAAAAGUUGGGGGUAUUCCACGUUGGAAGAGAUAUCGAUUGAUUUACGAAAAGAAAACACAAUUUCAAGUUUGAAGAUAAAAAACAAUAUUUUGUGGAACACUUUUAUAUUUUCUGAAACUAUUUCAAACAUAAAAUAAUUUUCGGAUGAAGCUCAAACUUCUCAAAACUUUUUUUUUUUGGUAGAUCAAAAAUUUCUCUUACUUUUUGCGGUGAAUUUCAUUGAUUUUAAAAUCGCGGGAAGUUUUUCGGAUAAUCAAUUACACUAUGAUUUUUGGUUAGGAUUUUGAGAAAAUGUUAUGAGAAAAAUAUCUGAAAUUGAAAUCUCACAAAAAAUGGAACUCAAAACUUUAGAUUGACUAGAAAUUGAAAAAAAAAUAACAGAAAAAAAUGUUCCGAAAGUUUUUUGCUCGUUUGAUCCUACAUUUUCUGAAAUAUCUUUUUUCAUUUACAAAAUACCAUAGUUUUUGAAAAGCUUAAAAUAGGACAAAAAUGAAAUUUGUAAAAAUCAGAGAAAUUGUUACAUGUGAAUUUCCAAAAUAAACACUAUUGUAAAAUUUUCAGAUCUUUCGUAGAGAGCCACGUUGCAAACAAAAUAGUAUUUCCUGACGACCCGACAACUUACGAUUUGAAUUAUAACUCAUUGAAGGAUGUUGAAGCAUUGGGCCACGGAAAGUUUGGAAUUGUUAGAAAAAUGAUUUUUUCGCCGACAGGAAAAAGAAAUGGCGGUUAAAGUGAGUGUUGGGCGAAAAUAAAAUGCGAUUGCGAAAUGUUUUUUCAUGGGACACAGACAAAAAGAACGGCGUUUUUUGUUUUGUGGAUAAUGCCAUGGGAAAAUAAAGAGAAAAAGUGUUUUUAGAAAUUUACCAAAAAAAAAAACAAAUUUUUGUAGCGAAUACGAAUCUUGCACAAUAUGACUGAUCCCUCAUCUGCCAAAACUAUGCAAAGAUUCAAAAAAGAAGUGGAAACGUGUAAAAAUGCGAGCAACUGUGAUGAAAUUGUCAAAUUUUUCGGAAUCACUUUUUAUCAAGCCGAUGCUUUUAUGUGUAUGGAAUUGAUGGAUCUUUCACUUGACAAAUUGUAUUUGAUCAGUCAUAAUGUGGCUCAAAGUCCAUUUCAGGAAGCUUGUUUAGGAUCUGUCGCUGUGGCGGUGAGUUGAUUUUGAUUUUUGAAUUGGAGGGAAGCUUGGGGAUGUUAUCCUGAACCUUUUAUUCUAGACUAUCAACGCAUUGGAACAUUUGAAAACUGAACAUCGGAUAAUCCAUCGAGACAUCAAGCCUUCAAAUAUUCUUCUCGAUCGAAACGGAUUCAUCAAACUCUGCGAUUUCGGAAUCUGUGGAUAUCUUCAAAAUUCGGUGGCCCAAUCAGUCGAUGCUGGAUGUCGACCUUAUAUGGCGGUAAGUGAUUUUAUCGAGCAAAAACUUCUCAAUGUGCAUUUUCAGCCCGAACGAAUCCGACCAGACGGCGAUGGAUAUGACAUUAAAUCCGAUGUAUGGAGCCUGGGAUUAUCGAUGGUUGAAGUGGCAAAUGGAGCAUAUCCCUAUCAGGGAUUUACGAAUUCACCACUUUUUCAACAAGUUCAACUUGUGGUUCUUGGCGAUCCUCCAUUAUUGAGAGCUGAUCACUUUUCAAAUGAUAUGACGUUUUUCAUUGCUCAAUGGUGAGGUUUUUGGGGUUUGUGGAUUCAAAAAAACCUUAAAACUUGAUGAAAUUUUGAGACUACCAAGCUUUUGGGAUGGGAAAACUGCUCCGAUUUUCAUUUUUUUUCUCAAUCGACCUUGUAGCCAAGUUUUGAGCUCUCAAAAACUCAUUUUCAAAAUAAUUUUUGGGAGAAAUUAAUUUUGAUCAGCAUAGUGGAUUUACUAAAAGUACAUCAAUGAAAAAUUGUUAUUCAAAAAAUGUGGGAAUUUUUAUUUUUCGGCUGAAAAUUCAUGAUGACUUUCAUUCUGGAAAUUUUCGAACCUUUGAGAGCUCAGAACAUAAAUGACUGAAAAAUUUUGAAAAAAUGAAAUUGAAAAAAUACAAAUUCGCAUCAUUAUAUUCAAAUUUCCAGCACCAUCAAAGAUAAAUCAAUUCGUGCUGAUCUCAAAACGCUCAAAGAUACCGAAGUCUACAAAACAUACAAUACAAAUCUACAUCGUCCUACAGUAGGCCGUUUUGUCUACGAUAUGUAUUGUUUGCGUAACCAUUUAGAUAUGUAA